AUGAAACAAACCAUAUUUCUUGUUUUUGUGGUGAUCUUAGCUGUACGUGGGGUCUUCAUCUCCGAUUUCUUGUAUAGAAACCCCACUUACGACAACUGGGCAACUGGGUCAACCAAUAUUAUAUCAAUACUUAUUUCCCGAAGUUCAACACACUGUGCAUCUUAUUGUACAAGAAAUGACGAGUGUAAAUCCAUCAUGUACAACAUGAACACCCACUUCUGUCAACUUCUGUCUGUUCACAUGGAUGCAGUGUCAGUCACAGGACCACAGUCUUACAUUGGAUGGAUUUAUUAUGAGAGAAAAUUUGAUUGUUCAAAAUGGCACUAUCGUUUCGGUAAUUGGUAUUUGUUGGAUUCUAAUUACAGAACAUUCAAUGAUUCUCGGACAUUUUGUGCCAGCCUGUCUCCACCGUCUCGUGUCAUUGAAGUGCACUCUCAAGCUGAAAAUGAGUGGCUAAUCGAGUUAUCAUCUACCAUUUGUAAAGUACCAUACGAAUACUGGCUGAACGGAUACGAUACAGAUAAUUCCGGGACGUUUACAUGGAUUAAUGGUCAAACUCCGUCAACCUACACUUACUGGAAUAAUGGUCAACCGGAUGAUUAUUAUGGAAUCGGCUCUGAAAAAUGUAUUGCAUCAUCUACUGGAUAUGGAGGAGUGUGGAAUGAUAUUCCAUGCACGGAGACGAGGCCGGUUGUUUGUAAAAGUAAUUCCUAG